UACCAAUUUGACACGUUCUGUAUAACACGAUUGUAUCCCAAGUAGCCUUUAAUUGUUGACAAAUGAGGUGGAUAAUCCUCUUUGUGGUUCUCACGAUCCAUUUAGCUGGCCUGCUUCUCUUUUGUAUGGGAUUUUUCCCUUCAAAAGUUGUUCUUCCGGGAUACGGACAAUUCUCAUCUGAUGAUGCCUUUGAUCCCCAGUUUAACAAGGUCAUCGUGAUGGUUGUUGAUGCAUUGAGAAGUGAUUUUGUGUUCAGUGAUCGAUCCUCAAUGGAAUUUGUUCAGGGCUUGCUAAGAAAGGGAUCUGCAAUUGGCUACACUGCCUUUUCAAACCCUCCCACAGUGACGUUACCUAGAUUGAAAGGUAUCACUACUGGCUCGACGCCGAAUUUCUUGGAUGCUGUUUUGAACGUGGUUGAGGAUGAUACGUCAUCUACACUGGCAAAUCAAGAUAGUUGGCUGAAACAGCUCAAGAUUGGCAAUAAAAAAAUCCACAUGUUUGGUGAUGAUACAUGGAUAAAGCUGUUUCCUGGUGAGUUUGAUGUCAGUGAAGGUACCAGCAGUUUCUUCGUGUCUGAUUUCACAGAGGUGGACAAUAACGUUACACGUCAUUUAGAUCAAGAGUUGAACGAACAGAAAUGGGAUUGCUUAAUUUUACACUACCUUGGACUGGAUCAUAUCGGCCAUAAAGGUGGACCAGAGUCUACCUUUAUGCGUCCAAAGCAGAAAGAAAUGGAUGAAAUUGUGAAGCUAAUCUAUGAUGCUAUGGAAGAAGACACUUUAUUUGUGCUUUUAGGAGACCACGGUAUGAAUGAAAUCGGAAACCAUGGUGGGUCCUCAGCUGGAGAAACAUCUGCAGCGUUGGUUUUCAUAGCUGACAAGUUACAGGAAUUGAACAAAACGUCCCAAUCUCCCCUGAGAUACAACGAUGAAUUCACUUACUACGAAAGAAUCCAACAGAUUGACCUUGUUCCAACUCUUUGUUCGCUACUAAGGCUCCCAAUCCCAAAAAACUCUCUUGGUGUUUUCAUUAGAGAUUUCCUAUCCUUGUGGCCUGAAGAUCAAAGAAAGUUUGUACUAAAGGAAAAUUUGCUUCACUAUGAUGAUUUCAAGAAGAAUGAUUUCCCAGGGGAUCCUUCAGAGUCAGAGACUUAUGAAUGGCUAUAUGAAGCUCAAUCUGAGUUGACUAGAUCAGCCUCGAAUUAUAACAUGCCUUUAAUUUAUUCCGGUGUUGCAGCUAUUGCAGCUGCUACUAUCCUUACUUUGUGGAGAUGUUUCAAGCUUUUCAAGAACCAAGCAAUCAUUAUGAUCUCAAUGACAUUCAUUUAUAGCGUAACAGCAUUUGGGAGUAGUUUAGUGGAGGAAGAGCAUCAAAUUUGGUGGUGGUUUGCUACUUUUUUCGUUGUGAUUUUUAGCUAUGAUCAACCAGUUGUCAGUGCUUUCUCACUGCUUCUUUUGAGGUUAAUUAGAGGCUGGAACAAUAGUGGUCAAAAAUUUGUUGGUGAUACCGUAUAUCGGUACCUAGAUGAAAAUUAUCAUCUGAAUUGGAUUCUCAUUGCUAUUACAAUCUCUUCAAUCUCAUUCAGUUUGAACCAAGGGGGCUUCUCUAAAACAUAUCCAGUGGUUGGAUUCAUUUCAACCUUUACAACUUCUCUCUGUUUGUUCAGCUUCAAACUGAUGUACUCGGUUAUAAAUGGAGAUCAGAUCCCAAAACAAUUGAACAGACUCGUGGAAUUUUCAUUGGACUUGACUAACGUUGAAAAUGAACACGAAGCCCUUGUGGAAGUUGCCAAACUUUUCUUCACAUGUGUGAUUGGUUUGAUAUCAAUUAGGCUAUUCCUGCGUUUUUUCGCUGGCAAUAAUUACUGGUUCUACACUGAUUUGCACAAUAUCUUGACACUUGUGUUAAUUUUUCAGACUUCCAUUCCUAACAUUGGUCUCUUUUUGGUGUUAUUCUCUUUGAAGAACGUUGUUGGAUAUAUCGUUGGAACGUUUGUCGACUACGAUAAUGCCAAAGUUAUUGGCUAUACCUCGAUUGCCCUGGUAAUACUUCAAAAUCUGACCUUUUUCAGUUUUGGUCAAACAAAUUCCUUGAACACUGUUGAUUUAUCCAAUGCUUACAACGGUAUCAAGAGCUAUAACAUUUUCGCAGUUGGGUUGCUCACAUUUCUGUCGAACUUCGCCGGCCCAAUAUACUGGGAAUUUGCCUCAUUGCCUAUUUUCCUUGAGAACUCUUUAGAAUAUAAAGUUUCCAAAGGUGAACUGUUCAGUAUUAGAUGGAGUACCAAUGCUCUUUUCUACUGUUUAAGCACGUUUUUCACUGUUAUUAGUUGUGUCGUCCAGAGAUACCACUUGUUUAUCUGGACAGUUUUCAGCCCAAAGGUGCUAUACACACUAGUGUGGAACUUAUUCAUCAAUUUCGCUGUGGAGAUAAUAAUUCUCUUUGUCGCUUUAAUCAUUUGAAAUAUAUAUUAGAGACCAUACCUAUAUUGGUGGAAUUAUAAACGCUAUAUGGUUGAAUGACAAUAUAUUGAUACCAUUAUCCCUACAG